CUUUUCUCAAUCAAAUUGUCGGUGAAAAUUUCUCUUUGAUUGUUUGGGUUAUUAAUUAAAUUAUCUUCUAAUAUUUUUUGGUAAAUUUGAUUGUUUUAUUUAUCUCUUUCGACUGUUCAACUUUACGUGAGUGAAAAUGUCAAACGAAAUCACUUUUACCGAUACUGGUAAAUUACUUAAGAUGGAGGUUGAUUAUUCCUCUUCUUGUGAUGAGAAAAUUCCUGCCUGUAAAAAGGCUGCUCAGGAAGGUAAAAUUGAUUCUGCUUUGGAACAGCUUUUAGCUUUGGAGAAAUUGACUAGAACGGGUGCUGAUACUUUUUCUACUAGUCGAAUUUUGGUUGCUAUUGUAGACAUUUGUUUCGAUGCUAAAGACUAUAAACUUCUCAAUGAUCAUAUUAUUGUUCUCACUAAGAGAAGAGGUCAAAUUAAAAAGGCUAUCACUGACAUGGUUCGAGAAUGUUGUGAAUUUGUUGAUAAAAUUACGGACAAGGAAGAAAAAUUGAAAUUAAUUGAUACCCUGAGAUCUGUCACCGCUGGCAAGAUCUAUGUUGAAGUUGAAAGAGCUAGAUUAACUCAUAAAUUAGCCAUCAUGAGGGAAGAGGAAGGUAAAAUUGAAGAUGCUGCUAAUAUAAUAGGAGAUUUACAGAUUGAAACAUUUGGAUCGAUGGAUAAACGGGAAAAGGUUGAACUUAUCUUGGAACAAAUGAGACUUUGUCUUGCUAAAAAGGAUUUUAUCAAAGCUCAAAUUCUUUCCAAAAAGAUUCAUACCAAGUUUUUCUCCGAUGAGAAAGUUCAAGACCUUAAGAUGAAAUAUUACGAGUUAAUGAUUAAAAUUGACCAACAAGAAGGAAACUAUUUGAACAUAUGCAAACAUUACCGAGCUGUUUUUGAUACACCAAUUGUCAAGCAAGACCCUCAAAAGAAUCAUGAAGUUUUAAAAAAUAUAGUCCUUUACAUCGUCCUCUCACCAUUUGACAAUGAACAAUCUGACCUUAUCCACCGUAUCAAGGUAGAAAAGGGUCUAGAAGAAUUGCCCAAUUACGGUGAAGUAUUAAAAUUUUUCACAACCACCGAGCUAAUUAAUUGGCGACUAUUCAUUCAAGGAUUCGAAGACAUUUUAAGAUCAGGAACCGAAGGUUGUCCUGCAACCGAUGUUUAUGGAUUCUCAGAACUUGGAAAGAAAAGAUGGAAGGACCUUAAAAGUCGUGUUGUAGAACAUAAUAUUCGUAUUAUGGCCAAAUAUUACAAAAGAAUUCGAUUAAAUCGUAUGGCUGAACUUUUAGACCUUUCGAUUGUGGAAACUGAAGAAAUUCUCAGCAACUUGGUGUGUAAUAAGACAAUUUGGUCAAAAGUUGAUCGUUUAGAGGGUAUCGUUAAUUUCGAGGCUCAUAAAGAUCCAAAUGAAGUUCUAAAUGAUUGGUCACACAAUAUCAGUGCCUUGAUGAACUUGGUCUGUAAGGCUGAUCAUUUAAUCAACAAAGAGGAAAUGAUUCAUCAACAUUUGAAUGUGUCCAAAAUGGAAGCAUAAAGAAAACUAAUGGUUAAUCAAAAAUGAAAAAGAA